AUGACGACGCGGCUGAGGAAGCACAGGAAGAAGCGCGGGCACGUCAGUGCCGGCCAUGGACGUGUGGGGAAGCACCGCAAGCAUCCCAGCGGCCGUGGUAACGCGGGUGGCCAACAUCACCACCGCAUCCUCUUCGAUAAGUACCACCCCGGCUACUUCGGAAAGGUCGGCAUGAGGCACUUCCACUACAGCCGCAACAAGUACCACUGCCCGAUCGUCAACCUGGACAAGAUCUGGUCCCUGGUUGGCGAGGAGGCAAGCGCCCAGCAAGCUGGCAGCACCACGGCCAUUUGCGGCGCGUACAGCGGCAACAGCAGUGGCCACGGGGCGCGCGAGGCAGCGGCCAAGGACAAGUCCUCGGCCCCCGUGAUCGACGUGACCAAGUACGGCCUGUUCAAGGUGCUCGGCAAGGGCCAGCUGCCCGCGCAGCCGCUGGUCGUGAAGGCCAAGUUCUUCUCCAAGCUGGCCGAGAAGAAGAUUAAGGAGGCCGGCGGCGCUGUCGUGCUCACCGCCUGA